GAAAAGUAAAAAAAUAAGAAAAGAAAGAAAGAGAGCGGCCGAAACCCUAAUGUUCACUCCGAUCACCACCCUAACCGUUUGUUAAUUCUCUCGCCCUCUUUUCUCUUCCAUCCCUUAUAUAUUGACCCUCUCACACAUUCACGCAUUUGGUUUGGUUUUCACUCUCAAAAUUCCAAAUUUCUCUCGGCUCUUUGAUGGUGACUGACUCCUCGCCCCCUCCAUCAGACACCGACCCCAUCGCCAACGGCGGAGCGCAUCUCAGUCCCCAAUCGCGCCGCCGCAGCCUCCCCUCUCCCUGGGCUUCGGUUGUGCGCGGAGAUCCCGAGCCAAACGCACCCCCCGCCGCUGCUACCUCUCCGGAAUCUUCGUCUGCCGCCGCCGCCUCAGCCUCCACGUCUUCUCCGCCGAUGGAGGAGGCUUUGUCUUCUGAUAACUCGGAAUCUCAGCCGGAAAACGGCGACAGCAUUGCGAGGAGGCCGGUUUGGAACCGGCCGCUAAACGGCGUCGUUGAGCCGGUUACUGUUAUGGGUGGAGCCGUCUCCUGGCCGGCGCUCUCUGAAACCACCCGCUCUGUUCCUAGGUCGUCGUCCUCGGAUGCUUCUAGAAUCGUCUCUGACGGAUCAGUCCCCUCUUCACAGGUUACUGCUCCUAUAAUAUCACAACCUCCUCAACGGUCACCUCAUAAUAAUGCUAAUAAUGUUCAUGGUAAUUCCGGGGGAAAUAAUCCAAAUCCGGCUAGGCUAAGGAGGAAUCGUGGUGGUGGUGGAGGUGGUGGUGGAGGUGGAAGAGGUAGCUUCUCAGUGAGUGGACCAUCUCAGGGUCCUUUUAAUCCACUACCUCUCCCAAUGCCACCCCCAUUUCCUGUUAUUGAAGUACCAUUUGGGGCUAUUCCUACUGUUCUAGAUAACUCUGUUAGAGGUCCGAGACCUAUCGGAGGAGGGGUUGGGCCAUCUCAUUCUGGAAAUGACCAUCCUACUCAGAGGAUUAACACAAGGAGGAGCAACAACUAUGGCCCUCGUCCUCGGGGAGAUGGACAGUACCACAACAACCAUGGUGGAAGGCGUGAUCAUGACCGCAGAGAAGUCCGUCACCCCCCUCCUCCUCCUUAUGCUCCCCCACCCAUGGGAUAUAUGCCGCCUCCACUGCCGCCUGGUGCUGCCUCCUUUAUGGCACCACCACCCAUGAUGCUUUUUCCUGGACAAAUGGGCUUUAAUAUGGAGCCUCCCUUUGUGUAUGUUCCACCUAUGCCACCGGAAACGUUCAGGACUAUGCCCAUGGUCCCUCCUCCGCCACCUGUGAUUUUCCCUCCUGCUAAUGAGAAUCCAUUACCAAAUCCAAAUCUAUCUCCAAAUCCAUUACCAAAUAUGAUAGUCAACCAAAUAGACUAUUACUUCAGCGAUGCUAAUUUGGUGAAAGAUCCCUUUUUGAAGUCUCAGAUGGAUGAUAAUGGCUGGGUGCCCAUCUCUUUGGUAGCUUCGUUUCCACGAGUUCUGCGUUUAACAAAUGAUAUCCCUCUCAUUGUGGAAUCAUUGAGACAUCAUUCUACGGCUGUGGAAAUACAGGGUGACAUGAUUAGGAGGCGUAACGAUUGGAGUUUGUGGAUAGGUUCAAAUGGUGAUCCUAGCACCAGUGGCAACAUUUCAGCUCCGGAAAAUGCUCUGGCAACCUCAUUAAAUGAGGUCUCACUGGAUGAUGCCACAGCCCAUGUAAAUGGCAAUCUUGAUGAUGCAAGAGAAGGUCGGUUGGAAAUGGCUGAUGGUCAGUUGCCUGAGGACUCGACCAUCCAGUCUGGGUUGGCGAAUGGAGACCACGCUGAUGACCAUUCGAAUAGCUUGUGACCUUUCAUUAACGAAAGUUUUGCACAGCCAAGUAAUGUCUAUGCAGCACAAGGAGCGGGAUGAAGGAGUUUUUGUAAUUUAUCAAGACACAAGAAGACUGGAGAAGAAUAUGGAGUGGAGCUGACCCUAGUUUAUUGCACAACAUGAACAACUGAUUGUUCUUUUCCUGUUGACUAAUUGAUUUUUUGAAGCAUCCGAGAGAGAUGAUAUGAGGUGCACUUUCCUCAUUACACGGGCAUUACGUGAACAAAAAACGAUAUUGGUUUUCUGCCCAAAAUUGAGAGUGAGCUCUUCGUGGUUUUGUUGAUACUUUGCAAAUGACUCUUGAAUGCCAUUAUGAUUUGUGCUCUUAA